UGGCGCACGUGGGAGGGCGCCAGUGGGGCGGUUGUUAGCCGCCGCCGCUGUGGCCUUGCGAGUUGGCCUGGCUUUUGCCUUUCCUGUACCGGAACGCAGCCGUCUGCCUUCUCCAGCCGCAAGUCGAAGGACCCCGCGCCCGCCGCCGCUGGUCUCUCGGCGUGCCCAUGAUCGCCCCGUGCCUUUCGGUGGUGCGAGGCCUCCACAGAGUUGGUGGUUCCGGGGUUUUACUAAGAAUGACAUUAGGAAGAGAAGUAGCAUCCUCCCUUCGGGCAGUAUCUUCUUCUACUACAAAUGGGAAAAAUGUUCUAAGGUGGGAUCUUUCACCAGAGCAAAUUAGAACAAGAACCGAGGAAUUAAUCAUGCAGACCAAACAGGUGUAUGAUGCUGUUGGAAUGCUCAAGAUGGAGGAAGUCACCUACGAGAACUGUUUACAGGUGCUGGCAGACGUGGAAGUGACAUAUAUAGUGGAAAGAACCAUGUUAGAUUUUCCUCAGCAUGUGUCCUGUGACAAAGAAGUACGGGCAGCAAGUACAGAAGCAGACAAGAGACUUUCUCGUUUUGAUAUUGAGAUGAGCAUGAGAGAAGAUAUAUUUCAGAAAAUUGUUCAUUUACAGGAAACCUGUGAUUUGGAGCAGAUAAAGCCGGAAGCUAGACGAUACUUGGAAAAGUCAGUUAAAAUGGGAAAAAGGAAUGGACUUCAUCUUCCAGAACAAGUACAGAAUGAAAUCAAAUCAAUAAAGAAAAGAAUGAGUGAACUAUGUAUUGACUUUAACAAAAACCUCAAUGAGGAUGACACUCUCCUUGUGUUUUCCAAGGCUGAACUUGGUGCUCUUCCUGAUGAUUUCAUUGACAGUUUAGAAAAGACAGAUGAUGGCAAGUAUAAAAUCACCUUAAAAUAUCCACACUAUUUUCCUGUCAUGAAGAAAUGUUGUGUUCCUGAAACCAGAAGGAGGAUGGAAAUGGCUUUUAAUACAAGAUGCAAAGAGGAAAACACCCUAAUUCUGCAGCAGCUACUCCCACUGCGGGCCCAAGUGGCCAAACUCCUGGGCUAUAAUACACAUGCUGACUUUGUCCUUGAAAUGAACACUGCCAAGAGCACAAGCCGUGUGACGGCCUUUCUAGAUGAUUUAAGCCAGAAAUUAAAACCAUUGGGUGAGGCUGAACGAGAGUUUAUUUUGAAUCUGAAGAAAAGAGAAUGUGAAGAGAGAGGUUUUGAGUAUGAUGGGAAAAUCAAUGCCUGGGACCUACACUACUACAUGACUCGAACGGAAGAACUCAAGUACUGUAUAGAUCAAGAGUUCCUCAAAGAAUACUUCCCCAUUGAGGUAGUCACCGAAGGCUUGCUGAGUAUCUACCAAGAAUUGUUGGGACUUUCAUUUGAGCAAGUGACAGAUGCUCAUGUUUGGAAUCAAAGUGUUACACUUUACAAUGUGAAGGAUAAAGCUACUGGAGAAGUAUUGGGACAGUUCUACUUGGACCUCUAUCCAAGGGAAGGAAAAUAUAAUCAUGCCGCCUGCUUUGGUCUCCAGCCAGGCUGUCUUCUCCCAGAUGGCACCCGGAUGAUGUCUGUGGCUGCCCUCGUGGUGAACUUCUCGCAGCCCGUGGCAGGUCGCCCCUCUCUCCUCAGACACGAUGAAGUCAGGACUUACUUCCAUGAAUUUGGUCAUGUGAUGCAUCAGAUCUGUGCACAGACUGAUUUUGCACGAUUUAGUGGAACAAAUGUAGAAACUGACUUCGUAGAGGUGCCAUCACAAAUGCUUGAAAAUUGGGUGUGGGACAUUGAUUCCCUCAGGAGACUGUCAAAGCAUUAUAAAGAUGGAAGUCCUAUUACAGACGAUCUGCUUGAAAAGCUUGUUGCUUCUAGACUGGUCAACACAGGUCUUCUGACUCUGCGCCAGAUUGUCUUGAGCAAAGUUGAUCAGUCUCUCCACACCAACCCAUCACUGGAUGCUGCCAGUGAAUAUGCCAAAUAUUGCACAGAAAUUUUAGGUAUCGCAGCUACUCCAGGCACAAAUAUGCCUGCUACUUUUGGACAUUUGGCAGGAGGAUAUGAUGGCCAGUAUUAUGGAUAUCUUUGGAGCGAAGUAUUUUCCAUGGACAUGUUUUAUAGCUGUUUUAAAAAAGAAGGGAUAAUGAAUCCAGAGGUUGGAAUGAAAUACAGAAACCUGAUCCUGAAACCUGGGGGAUCUCUGGACGGCAUGGAAAUGCUCCAGAAUUUCUUGAAACGUGAGCCAAACCAAAAAGCGUUCCUAAUGAGUCGAGGCCUGCAUGCUCCGUGAGCUGGAAUCUUUGGUAGCCGUCCAUGUCUGGAGGACAAGUCGACAUCACCAUGUGUUGCUGGUCUGGAAACUGAAGGGAGUUUUUUGCAAAUGAACACUUAGAUUUCUAUUGACUGCCUUUUGUUUUUCAAUUUUAAAAACUAUACAGAUGUAAAAGAAAUUGUAAAUACUGUGGCCUAAGAAAAGACCCACUAAAAAAUGAUUAUACUAUAAAAUUCCAUAAAAAUGGAUUUGAUUUCUUUUGAUAAAAGUUUCCUAUGAAUGUAAUUUGAUUUUUUACUAUUAUAAUCUAGAUAAUAUAAUGUAAGAGGGCUCAGAAUUUUUAAAUUGAAUCACAUACAUGAUAUAAUUUGAUCCUUCUUAUAUCUUGAAGUUUUGUACUUGGGAUUUCACAGUCCACUGGUAAAUAUUUUCUUGCAGCCCUGUGUCAACUUUGAUCUUCUGUCCUGCAGUAAGCUGUGACCUCUCUUUCACCUGCAUACCUCAAGGUCAGAAGUAUGUGCCUCAGUAGUGUGUUUGUAUACCAGGCAGGCCUCGUGACCCCAGCUUUCAGCCAUGCUUAAAUCAUAUUCCUCUUUUUGAGGUUUUUUUUGUUUUUAUUCCCUGAAGUUCAGUUACAGGGUACCAAAGGUUUUCGUUUGCUUUUGUUUUUUGUAGCUUUAACUGAACUAGCCUAAGGUAUAUUGCAAGUCUUUGUAUCGUGUAUUAAAGGAUUUGUGUUACAGACACAAUUCUACUUCAGCAUACAAAAUUGUCUGUCUGAUGUAGCUGCCAAUUAGACCACUAAAGUAAGCCCAGGUGUCUUUUUUGAUUCUCAUUUCUAAUAAGAGGUAAUGAUUGCCUAUUUUAUAACCACCUCCCACAAAAUGUCUUAAAAUGCCACAGCAAGAGAGUUGACACUAAUGUGGACUAUUUUAUAUGAAGAGUUCAGAAAUUCCAGAAGAGAAGCCAGGCAUAAUGGUACUAUGCUUGUAAUCUUAGUAUUGGAGAAGCUGAAGCAGGGAGAUUACCAUGAGUUUGAGGCUAACCUGGGCUACACAGUGAGUUCAAGACCGUAGUGGAGAUUACAUAGUGAGAUUCUGUCUCAAAAGUAAAAUAAUAAUGAUGAUAAUAAUAAUAAUCCAGAAGAGUAGAUUCAGGCAGAGUUUAGGACAGCUGUCCAAACUGUUAUGUAUAUGCUGAAACCCACCUCUGGGCAGAGGCUCAUCAAUAACCUAUUUUAUCUGGUUAUUUUUAUUUGAAGUGAACCUUUGGACCUCUCUUUAACCCUCUUAACUCUGGGCCUAAAUUCCAAGUCUGCAGCAUACCAGUAAAUUCACAGUACUUAUUUUUUCUGUAGGAGGAAACCAAGACAGGAUAAUUUUAAAAAUAAAUUUUUAUAAGCUUUGUUUUCAUUGCUAGAGAUAGAACCCAGGGCCUUGUGCAUGCUAGUCAUUGCUCUACCCUAGUUACACCCCUAGACCCUCCAAAAAGUAAACAUAUACUACAUUGUUCUCCCAGUAGUUUGCCAAGACACACCUGAGGUAUAACUUUGCUGGCCAGGAACAAAAUUAUAAACCUUUCUAUGAUUUAGUCCAAAUGGACUUUGUACUGAAUAAAAUUUUAUUACAUUGGAUAAUAAAAUUAGAGACAGCAAUGAAAACAAGAGCUAUGGAAACAUAAAUGGAAUUCCAAGGUGAUUAAUGUCCAGCAGAUACCCUAAACAUCAACAUGAAAUCCUACCCAUCCUUUCAAGACAAGUUACCUGGGCCUUCUCCCUCCCACACCUAAUUCCAUGUAACUGUCCCCAAAGCCGUGUCUGUGAUGAGUUCCCCUGCCCUGAUUUGUUUUCUACUCUCCAAUUAAAAAAAAAGAAAAAACUCUCUUCA